AUGAGCGGAAUAAGCUUGGUAGUGUGUGCUUGUGCUCUGUUCAGCCUGGGCUCGGCUACAAUCUUCAUCAGCCAAGCGAAACAAGACACAAAAACUGAAGAAGUCGCAAAAACAGCUGGGAAAUCCAGCGAAUCUCUGCGGCCCUGGACCGUGGGGAAAAUCGACGAUGAGCUCAGAAAAGCCAAGUCCUACGAAUCCACGUCAGAUCGCCAAUUUACGUCUUAUUCCUCAAACCGACAGCCUUCGCUGAUUGGGAAUCACAAGGGCAUUUACCAGCACCAUCCUGCUGCCGGCACCUAUGGUUACGAGGAUAUUUUCUCGCAGCUGGCUCAAAGCCCUUCUUUGCAGUUGGACGUCAGCACGGUUGGCAACUAUUUCCACAGUCCGCAGUUGGCCUCAUCGCAUCAAACUCAGCACCAAUCUCCGUUUGCUCAUCGACUGCACCCGAGUUCAGUUUCGGUCCACGACUUACCGACGCCAUUUCCUCCGGAAGUGGACUUCAACACCAACGACAAUAAUAAUAAUAAUAAUGGCGAGCAUGGUUUCGGUGAUUCUUUAGACUCCAAAAGCAGGAUUGACGAUCUACAGUUCGUUGGUAAUCAGCGCAUCGGCAUCGCCGACCUCACUGGGUCCGGAAACGAGAACACCAGGGAGCGGCCGUUGACAAGCAGCGACGAUGUCCAGCAACAGCAGCAGCAACAGCAGCAGCAGCAACAGCAGCAGAUUCCAGCACAGCAGUCCUCAGGUGAUGCGUCUGAGAUGUAUCGGCAAAUAUUGCGGUACGUUUCGGAAGGAAACUUUUUUCCGGACAACCGGUUCAAUAUGUACGCGGAUGCGGCUUUGAACAACCUCGUCGUCAGCAUUUUGGAGCACGACAAUGACCCUCUUGUAUUCAACAUUUUCUCGGAGAAUAACCGAGUUGAACCAAGUACAGUGGUAACGAUCUUGGGAAGGAAGAAACGAAUGGCGACGCCAAAUGAAAUCGUGGGAAGUAAAACCGACAAAAUACCCGAGAAAAUAUUCUUCCCUGGGAAUGACGAGCAUGAAAUGACAAGAAGUGGGAAACAGCUCACACUCAACAACAAUAACAACAACAAUCGCAACAAUCGGAACCAGUUGAUUGGAUCUGGUGUAAUCACGGGACUCAGUAAUGUCACGAGAUACGAUGACGCAGAGAUUCGAGUCCCGGAUCCAACUCGAACAUUGGCAACAUCCUUUGAUGCGAUUCCUUUCAAUGUUCCUCACUAUGAUGAGGCAGAAAAUUGCGCGUCCGUUCAGCGGUUCUGUCAUCAUUCCGCCCGAAAAUUUAGACCAAGUACAGUGGUAACGAUCUUGGGAAGGAAGAAACGAAUGGCGACGCCAAAUGAAAUCGUGGGAAGUAAAACCGACAAAAUACCCGAGAAAAUAUUCUUCCCUGGGAAUGACGAGCAUGAAAUGACAAGAAGUGGGAAACAGCUCACACUCAACAACAAUAACAACAACAAUCGCAACAAUCGGAACCAGUUGAUUGGAUCUGGUAUUAAGACAAAGGCCCACAUCGGACCAACGCAAAUGACCCUUAAUCUGAACACUCUCCAACGGCGGAGGAACGGAAUCAUGCAAAUCCUGAUUCCGCCGAAUCGAGAUAAUGCGGAAGAGCGACAACGAGAAAUCCAGAUCGACAUUCCUGCUUUCCCCAUCACAAUAGUGUCGGCUGUGACAGCGUCCGGUUCCGCGCUGGACGACUUCGAGAUGCUUCCGUCUCGGAAAAUCGGAGCUUAUUACAAAACCUUAGGUAGGCUGCAGUGGUGGUUGGCUCGGUCCCUUGUUUGGCUGCACGACCAGUGCUUCUUCAUUGUGCAAAACGCCUUUUCCACGGCGGGUUUCAUGCAGGAGCGACUGCGACGAUACGCGAGUUUGGCAGUCGACUCCCGGAUCCAUCGCUGA